GCAGAUACGACGUUACUUCACUCCCUGCUCGGAACCUUCCUUUCGAGUCUUCUUAAAUCCUAUUGACCUAUAAUUUUACCGCGUUCGCUAUUUUCUGCUUCUCCAUCAUUCGGCUUCAUUCGAUCCUUUACUGGCGCGCCUUGGCUAGAAUCUAGAGGUUUCAGAAUGGCUAGUGGAUUCGGGGAAUCAGCCAGCAGGCAGCCCCCAAGUCCUUCUUGCUCAAGAAGCAACAAUAACAAUGGUGAAGCCGGAGAUUUUGAGUGUAAUAUAUGCUUUGAAUUGGCGCAAGAUCCUAUCGUUACACUCUGUGGCCAUCUCUUCUGUUGGCCUUGCCUUUACAAAUGGCUCCAUGGUCACUCUCGUUCCCAGGAAUGCCCUGUAUGUAAGGCUCUUAUCGAAGAGGAAAAAUUAGUUCCUUUAUAUGGCCGGGGAAAGAAUUCAACAGACCCUCGCUCUAGGUCCAUUCCAGGCAUGGAAAUUCCUCAUCGCCCUACUGGACAGAGACCUGAGACAGCUCCUCCGCCAGAUCCAAACGCUAAUGCUUUUGCACAGCAAGGGUAUGGAUUCAUGGGUGGAUUUGCUCCCUUUGGGGGUGGUUUUACACCUAUGGGUACUGCUAGGUUUGGGAACUUUACACUGUCCACAGCACUCGGGGGACUUUUUCCGUCAUUCUUUAACAUUCAAGUGCAUGGAUUUCACGAUCCUAACAUGUAUGGACCUGGCCCUGGUACUGGUUUUCACUAUGGUUAUCCUAACACAUUCCAUGGCGGCCAUGUUCAUGGAUACCGUCCACGUGGAAAUCAGCAGCAGCAGGCUGAUUCUACCCUUAAGUUCCUCCUACUGAUAAUUGCUCUUAGUGCAAUUCUCACGGUGAUUUGGAGUUAAACUUCAGUUGGAGCUCAAAUUUUCGGCAGUGAUUAUACUACAUGGCUCUUUGAGGGUAUAUUUUUAAUGCACUAAUUGCAUGUUUACUCUCUGAUGUUUAUUUGCCUCCUUUGUUGGGUUGAGACUGUUUUUAUGUUAAAUGAUCUGUAAUUGCUGGUAUUGUUUUUAAUCUUUUUAGUACACUAGAAUCAGAGUUCUUAGUCUAUCCCAUGAGUAUCGAUGUAUUAGCAAUGUGUACAAAAUACUAAUAAUUUCUGCCGUUUGUGUUUUUA